GCAGACCAGAGAGCCAGAGAAUUCAUCAGAAUCCUCACACAUUCAGGUGCUGCUGAAGCAUCAAAGUGGAACCCUUCAGAAGAUGAAGAUUCUAAUGCUGUCCGUGGGGCUGGCCCUGAUCUGUGGCCUUCAGGCUCUCAGUGACAAUAUGGAAGACCCCCAAAUGGUAAGUGAGCAACAAUGGGAACAGGUUGAUAGAGUUGUCUGGAAAAGGUGUGAGGAUCACUAUAGUUCUGUUGUCUACUGCCACUUAAAGUCAGCAGAAACUAUAAAAUUACAGAUGAGUUGGUUCACUGUUGCAUUGGCCUCAAAUGUGUCAUCUAAGAUUGAGGAAGGAGGUGGUUUGCAGUUGUUUGUCAAAAGUCUCGGGGAACGUGAUGGUGUUCUUAUUGGAGACUUCUUCAAAAGGGAAAAUGGUAAAUGCAUUCAAUUUUCUUUGACUACUUACAAAGGAGAAGAUGAUGAAAUGCAUGUGUUCUAUGAUGGAGAUAAUAAUUUCUCUGUUCAAAGUACGGACUCUCAACAUGUGAUAUUUAUUACGUAUAAUACCAAAGGUGAAGAGGUGACUGUUUGGGGAGAACUCUAUGGCCGGACUCCAGAUCUUUCUGAUGAAAUAAAGAAGAAAUUUGAGGAAAUAUGUGAAAAUUUUGGAAUUAGGAAGGAUCAAAUUAGAGACUUGUCCAAUGAUGAUCGCUGUGAGCAGCUUAGGACUUCCUAGAUGAAACAUUCCUGUAUUUCUGGGAACCUGUCCUGCUUCCUCCCAGGAAUCGUUAAUAUGGAUGGUGAAAAUUUCUACUGGCUUUCUCUUCUCUCCUCCAAACUUAAGGUGGAUGCUAUUCCCCUCCCCACUCUCCCUGCUUAGAACCUUUGCCUGCAAAUGCUUAAUAAAUGAUUAAUCCAGUACACUGUGUCUGAAGUAUUUUGGGUAAUCAAGGAGACGUUGGCAGCGAUUGCAGAGCAAUAGCAGAAGGAGGUAUUGUCAGGUACAUGGGAACUCACCAGGCCACCUAAACUGACAGAAUUUUAUCUGGACAUGCUAUUAAUACCAUUUGUUUUUGACAUGAUAGUUAUUAAUGUUUACACAGCACCCAUUUAUCCUGUCAGUCUUUCCUUAUAACUUAGUACCCCUUCUAGGCUACUAUCUCUCUCCCUGCCCCCACCCAUCACCACCUUGGUACUUACAGACUUCAGGUUUAAUGCUCAAGGAGGUGAUUACUCUCAAAGGGGCUAAAAGUUAUUCUGUGGAACUAUUCACCCAAUGAUGUCCUUACCCUCAAUAUUUAACCACUAGACACAAUUAACACAAAAUGAAGGCAUAUAUUAAGUUGCCCAGAGUAAGAACACCUAGAGAAAUACAGUAAGAAAAUCUAGCAGCAUGAUGAAGCAAUUCUUCUUCAUUUUUCUUUCUAUCUUUAGGAGGCUAAUGGUUGGUUAUUCUACAUGGAAGCUGUCUUACACCCAGUCUUCUUCUUUCUUGAAGUUUUUGAGCCCAGUCCUGAUAAUUUGUCUCAAACGGUCCUCUUCACAGUUUGAAACCUCCUUUUUCUAUUGUCAUGGUGGUCAUACACAUCUUGAGACUGACCAGCCUCAUCCUUCUUGAAUUGGGGACUGUGAAAGCCUCUGUCAUUCCUGCCUUCUAUCAAAACUUCUAGGAGAAAACUAACCAUCAGUUAAUAGUGACCUUUCCCUCAGACACGGAAACCUCUUCCUAUUCAGCCAGAUCUACACUGCACCAUCUUCGCCUUCCCCACAGAAUUACACUCCCUUUUUUGUCACAUGGAUGAUUAGGAAUAGUGGUUUUUUACCUGUUAUAGUUUAUGUGUGUUGGAGAGAGGAGCGAGGUCAGUCUGAGAUAUGGUAACGAAAGGACUAAGUGGACGACACAACAGCCAGAGCUUGAACUAUGAAUCAGUUAGAUUAUUUGUAGUGAUUGUCCUUGGCACACAGGAAGAGGAUAGAGACUGGGUAAUUAGGAUCAAUGAAGAAAGCACAAUUGGACUCUCUGAAGUUAUCACCAAAUGGUUCAUAGUUUGGGGUAUUGGCAUCUACCCUAUCUUGAUGAGGGUUUAAAUACAUUAGAUUUGGGUUGUUUUCUCUUGUAGUUAUGGUGGUAGAGACCAUGAGUGAGGGUACUCAAAGCUCUUUGAGGGCAGAUAUUGGUUUCAUUUUUAUUUUUCUAUCCCUUGUGCUUGGCAUAUAGUACUUAAAAAGUGAUCUUUUACCCAUUCAUUAAAAAUCAAGUCUCCUCCUUAUUAAUUAGGUCCUAGUCCUUUUGGAGGGGACACUCAGGGUUGGCAUUGUCUAAGAAAUCUCUUUUAUCUGCAAAGAAGUCUAAAUUCUCGUAUCACAUGGUCUAGAACCAUGGAAAUCAGUGAGUCACAAAAUCUGAGAGUUAGAGGGGACUUUGGUGGCCAUAAUGUCUAAUCUAUACGUGAAAUUAAUCCCCACUAAAAUAUGCUUGAAAAUUAGCCACCCAAGCUUUAUUUCAUGACCUCCUAGGAAGGGGGAUCCACCAUUUCUUGAGGCAGCUCAUUUACUUUUGGAUGCCUGUAAGUGUUAGCAAGCAUUUCCAGACAUCAAGCCUAAAUUUUCCUCUUUGUGACAUCUACUUUUUGUUCCUGGUUCUUACCUCCAUGACCAAAUGGAGUAAGUAUAAUCCCUUCCCCAUAUGAGAACCCUUCAAAUACUUAAAUACAACUAUUAUUUCUCCCCGAAUCUUUUCUUCUCCAGGCUAUGCAUCAUCAUUACCUCCCAAUGAUACUCAUAUGUCACUGACCCAAGUCUUUUGACAAUCCUAGUUGUCCUCCUCUAUACAUUCUCCAGGUUAUCUCUUACUUACACUAUAGUAUCUCAAGCUGAACACAGUACACCAGAUGAGGUUAAUUAUGGCGGAGUUCAAUGGGAAUAUGACAUCCCUGUUCCUAAAAAACUUACCUCUCUUAAUGUAGAUCAAAAUUGCAUUUGGUUUUUCAUCUGCUACAACUUGGGGCUGACUCUUAUUGAGCUUGUAGCCCAUUUAAACAACCAGAUCUUUUUCAGAUCACCUGUUGUACAUCUCUACAUCUUCAUCUUAUACUUUUGAAGUUGACUUUUAUACCCAAGUGUAGGGCUGUGGAUUUAUCCUUAGAAUUUUGGAAACUGGUUGUCAUUCAUUGCAUUAAUUCUCCCUCUUAGCUUUGGGUCAUCUACAAAUUUGAUGAGCGUACCAUCAAUACCUCUCUCGUGGUCAUUGAGGAAAAUGUUGGAUAAUACAGAACCAAACACAGACCACUGGAGUCUUCCACUGGAAACCUCCUGCCAUGUUGCCAUUAAACCCUUAAAACCUUC